GUAACAUCCAAAAUGAAAAAGAAAGACGAGUAGAAGAGCUCCCAAUCCCCAAAUGUAAGGUUUUAUCGCCGUCAUCUCUUCUUCAGAUUGAGACUCUCCGAAACCAGACUUUCAGACGCAGGUCUCACCGUCGCAGCAGUCCUACUCCGGCAGGUGGCGGACAUCAAUCUCGAAUCUCCUCUCCUAUUUUUCCGCCUUAGAUCGCAGGUCGUAUUCUCCGACCGUCCGGCUCCGGCUUUGUUCAGCAGUACAGCACCGCAGCAAUCCCUCAGUGGAAAUGGCAGCAGUUUACAGCCUCUAUAUCAUCAACAAAUCAGGAGGCCUUAUUUUCUAUAAGGAUUAUGGUUCAGCUGGAAGAAUGGACACCAAUGAUAGUUUGAGGUUGGCAAGUCUUUGGCAUUCGAUGCAUGCCAUUUCUCAGCAACUUUCUCCUGUCAAUGGUUGCUCGGGCAUUGAACUCCUUCAAGCAGAUACCUUUGAUCUUCACUGCUUCCAAUCUCUUACUGGGACAAAGUUUUUCGUGGUGUGUGAGCCUGGAACAGUGCACAUGGAACCUCUCUUGAAACAUAUAUAUGAAUUGUACACCGAUUACGUCUUGAAGAAUCCUUUCUAUGAAAUGGAGAUGCCGAUUCGGUGUGAGCUCUUCGACAUCAACUUGGCACUUGCUGUGCAGAAGGAUCGAGUGGCAUUACUGGGAAGAUAGAUGAAUCGGACUGCCUUUUCCUUGAUGCUACUACCAAAGGAUAAGGACAUUAGAUUAAGAUGAUUUGGAUUCGUAUUGAGGAGAAAUACGGAUGCCCGGUGUGAAUGUGCGAGAUGCUUGGGGUAGGGAGCGUGAGGAGGGAAUCAAGAUGUAUCAAGAAAAGUUAGAAUGAGGUUAUUUGACGCGAUUAACACUUCAAGAUCUUAUCGAAGAUACGGGGUAUGAUUUUAAAUAUGGAGAUUUUGAAGUUUAGGAUAGUGUCUUGGAGUUUGUAACUUUUGCUUGUGUGAUUUUGUGCCUAAGUUUGUAGUUUUUGCUCGUGUGUGUUUUGUUAGCGUUCUUAUUAUUUUGCUUGUGUUACUUUCUUUUAAUGUUUUUCUCAUAUGUUUUGAGUAGGGGUAAGGUUUGCUCGGCAUAAAUUAUAAAAAAAACGCAUGACGAACUUGCUAAUGGGAUUUGUACCGGUAAAAAUCUAUCGUGAAAUCCAUGUUCUGUUACAGAUUCUAUAGUAGAAUAUGCCUUUGUUUGUCAUUUG